AUGGCGGUGGAGCUGUUGUGGUUUCCGAAGAUGGAUAAACAGAUGAUUUCUGAGCCACUACAGGCAUCAAUAACAGGAGCUCCUUUGGAGGAUGCUCACUAUUUGACUCAUCGUUAUGACAGACUCCGCCAAGAAGUGGAAACACAAGCAGUUGAAGUGAUAAAGUGUCAAUCAAAGUGUAAAGAUCCUUCGACUUCGGCAGAGAUUUCAAUAAAGCUUCAAAAUGUAGAAAGAAAAUUGAAUGAACUUAGGUCUGCAUUGAUGGCCCUUGGAAGGGAAGCAAUCACUGCUAUGUUGUCAGUGGAGGAUCAGCAGCAAAGGAUCACUUUCCAAAAGCUUCUUACCAUGGUAUUUAGUGAAGCCAAAGAAAAUUUCAAAUUUCUCUGGAGUGCUUCAGAGAGUCCAGCAGAAGGGGGUUGA